CCAAGGCAUUGGACGGCCGCGCCAAAUGUAAUUCCAAUUUUAAAAUUCGAAAGCCAUCCUUUUUUUUAUUUUUGUUUUUUUUUCGUUUUGACCGUGAUCGUAUAGUGAUUACAAACAAAUGUGGAACCAUUUGAAAUUUUAUCGCCUGCUGUUGUUUUGAAAAUUUAUUCACCAAUCAGCCAUGGAAGUAAAAGAGGAGCUUAACAAGAAGGAACCGAGCGAUGACAGCGACGCGUUGGACUCGGUCAUCAUGCAUAUGGGCGAGAUGGGGCUUUACCAGAAGCUCCUGUUCGUCAUGAUGGCGCCGUUUGGCAUAUUCUUCGCGUUCGUUUACUUCGUGCAGAUGUUCAUUGCUGCUACGCCACAGAACCAUUGGUGCAGGGUGCCUGAGUUGCAGCACUUGGAUGCUGAAGUGAGACGGAAUUUAAUAUCCCCGCGAGUCGAUGACGAAUGGGAGAAAUGUCUGAUGUAUGACGCUAAUUGGACACAAGUGCUGAUCGACAUGGUCAUACCGGUAAACGCGAGCCUCAUACCGUGCCAGAAUGGGUGGGAGUUCCAGCUGGGAGACAUUCCCUACCACACUGUUGUUAGCGAACGUGGUUGGGUGUGUGAGAACGCUGGCUACGUACCGCUCACUCAGGCAAUCUUCUUUGGCGGCUCCACCGUUGGCGGUAUCUUGUUCGGCUGGAUCGCUGACUUCUACGGCAGAGUGCCGUCCUUGGUUGGGGCAAAUUUAAUAGCACUCGUCGGUGGUAUUGCAACUAUCUACUCUACUGGAGUUUGGGACUAUGCGUUUUGCCGAUUCCUCGUCGGCAUGUCGUAUGAUUCUUGCUUCAUGGCUUUGUACAUUUUAGCAAUGGAAUACGUGGGGCCGCGGCACCGCACUUGGGUGAGCAACAUGUCCAUCGCGCUGUACUUCGGCGGCGGCUGCCUGGCGCUGCCGUGGCUGGCGGUGUGGGCGUCCGACUGGCGCCUGCUGCUGUGGGGCACCAGCCUGCCCAUGGGCAUCACGCUGCUUGUGCCGUUCGUGGUGCCGGAGAGCGCUAGAUGGUUAGCAUCGCGCGGUCGGGUUAACCAAGCAGUUAAAGUAUUGAAACGUUUCGAAAAAGUCAACGGAACAAAAAUUCCUGACGACGUUUUAGAUGAAUUCAUUGUGUCGGCAAGCCAAACCCGGCAGUCCAACGAGUCCAUAAAGGACGUGUUGAAGAGCCCGCCCCUCCGUCGCAUGCUGAUCCUCAUGAUCUUCGUGUACAUGGCGUGUGCGCUCAUAUUCGAUGGGCUCGUGAGAAUGUCUGAAGGCCUGGGACUGGACUUCUUCAUCACUUUCACAUUGACUUCCGCUACGGAAAUACCAUCUGUCGCCUUAUUAGCGCUGGUACUCGAUAGAUGGGGUCGUAGAAAUCUCGCAGGAGGACCAUUGAUUAUAUCUGGAACUUUGGCCCUAAUUGCUGCUUUUGUACCAAAAGGCAUCCCGCAAGUCACGCUGGCCAUAUUGGCGCGGUUCAUGAUCAACAUGGCGUACAACGCCGCGAUCCAGUGGUCGGCCGAGCUGCUGCCGACGGGCGCGCGCGCGUCCGGCUGCUCGCUCGUGCACGUCAGCGGCUACGUGGCCACCGUGCUGUCGCCGUUCGUUGUCUUCUCGGAGCGCGUGUGGCGCUCGCUGCCGCUGGUGCUGCUGGGCGGCGCGGCGCUGGCGGCGGGCGGCGUGUGCGGCGCGCUGCCCGAGACGUGCCGCCGCCGCAUGCCGCAGACCGUCGCCGACGCCGAGCGCACCGUGCGCGCCUACACCUUCUGCGGGUCUAAAGUCGACGAUGAAGGUUCAGCAGACGAAGGCGAGAAAGACAAGGCUGUUACUUAGAUUAAUUAUUUAGCAUUUAUUGAAAUAGAAUUCAAUUUCCCAAAAGGGUCAUGUUUGGCGACAACACAAGCGACGAGCGGAUGCGGGAGCGACUUGUAUGGUGUUUUAACGUCUGAAAAAUCUCUCAGUGCGUAGUUUACCAACAAUAAAAUGCAUUUAAUACGGUACUUUUAUUGGCGAGGAAGGAUGUAUGUUCUAAAUCCCUAUUUACAUGAAUUUUUUUAAAUAUUGUUACAUAGUAUUAAUGUCAGAUUUUAUUUUACAUAAAAUGUUUACUAUUUCACUGAUUUUACACAAUAUAUUUACUAAAUUGCACGUAUAAAUGGUCAAAACUAAUUGAUGAUAUUCGCUUAUAAUUUGCCGUGCCCGCGAAUCGCUUCCAUUGAUAUCGUGAUCUUACCCUUAUACUUCCACACGGUGCACAAAUACUUGCGAAAAAGUAUUUAAAUUUUGUUAAAUUGUUCCACAGUUAUUGUAAAUACUAUUAUACAAUAUACUAAACAUAAGUUUAUGAUUGUACUAAAUAUAUUUUUACAUUUAUUGUGCUAUUUUUUUUCUACAUUUUAAUGAAAAUAAAUUUAAUUAAUAUGUCGCAUGCCUAACGCUUCUUGAUACUAAUUAAUAAAAAGUUGUGUGAAUUGUUAUGAACGACUAUGAGUACUUUAAAUGAAAUUAAUUAGAUUUAUAAUUAAUAAUAUUUCAUUGCCUUGUCUUAGACUAAUGUUAUAUUUAAGAUAUACAAGUUUAAGCACGAUAUGCAUCUGGUAUGCUCAAAAUUUAUAAGCAUUAAGCAUCUUAUGAUUUUGUCUGUGAUAUUUAAUGUCAAUAACAUUAUUUUGCGGAAUAAAACAUAAGAAUUGUUAAUGC